CAGUGCAUAUCAGAGCCAAGAGAUUCGAUGGGGAAUCCUGAGGUUGGCGACAAAACGAUAGUCGAUCUGGCUUCAGACCUAAUACGAAGCGAAAUCAAGUUGAGAUGGAGGAAGUGUCAGGGUCCGAAUGAGUUUGCAGAGCUCGCUCGAUUCGAUUCCCAGAUGACGAGACAUUUCAUGGCCUAUUUUCCGAUGACUUCGCGCUCUGACGAGGAUUUCAGUGCCUGGAUAAAGCGUCAAGCGGAUAACUAUCUGGGAGCUGUUCAAAAAUUUAUCUGGAGUGCGGCAUAUCCAAAUCCCUUCCACAAAAGACAACGAGGAUGA